AGCGCCGACUGCAGGGUCACCGCGCCCAUCUCGUCGUUCGAUGGCCGCACCAGCGUCCUAGUACGGAGAGCAAACGUGUUAAUCUUUGCAAAGUGGACAGAGUAGCCCGCCUGAUUAAUGAAGGAAACUAGUUUGUUCGUUUGUUUGUUUUAGUCGGUCGUUUUGGACCGUCGGCGCAGUCCUCGGCUCACGGUUGGUGGGUGUGAUCCCCCCCCCCCUCUCACCCUCCCCUUCUCGCCUGGUUGUCAAGCUCCCCAGCCGUAGCCUGCGUUCGGGAAGGGCUGCUCCACGGAAAACUACGCUAGCUGGGUCGGCUAGUUAGUAAGCUAGCGUUGUGGUGUUCGUUGAUGCGUGAAUCGAAGGAAUACAGCGAUUUGUUUUUCAGUCAAUGCCAAAACCCAAACACAGACGUAAAGUGAAUCAGAUCAAAAGUACCCUGGUUGUUGGAGUAAGGUUAUAAAUAAGGCGGAUUACAAUGAGUGAACUGGAACAGUUGCGCCAAGAGGCAGAGCAACUCAAAAAUCAGAUCAGAGAUGCUAGGAAAGCUUGUGCAGAUGCCACGCUAUCGCAGAUCACAGCUAAUAUUGACCCUGUCGGGCGAAUUCAGAUGCGUACACGACGAACACUGCGGGGUCAUUUGGCUAAAAUCUAUGCCAUGCACUGGGGUUCAGACUCGAGACUCCUGGUCAGCGCCUCUCAAGAUGGGAAGCUCAUUAUUUGGGACAGUUAUACCACAAACAAGGUUCAUGCCAUUCCUCUUCGAUCCUCCUGGGUCAUGACUUGUGCAUAUGCCCCAUCAGGAAAUUAUGUUGCCUGUGGUGGCUUAGACAACAUCUGUUCCAUUUACAACCUGAAAACACGUGAGGGCAAUGUACGCGUGAGCCGUGAACUGGCCGGACAUACAGGAUACCUUUCCUGCUGUCGUUUCCUUGAUGACAACCAGAUUGUUACAAGCUCUGGAGAUACCACUUGUGCACUUUGGGACAUUGAAACAGGGCAGCAGACAACUACAUUUGCGGGACACACAGGGGAUGUCAUGAGUCUUUCUCUGGCUCCGGACUCCCGAUUAUUCGUCUCUGGUGCUUGCGACGCCUCUGCUAAACUCUGGGACAUCCGGGAGGGCAUGUGCAGACAGACGUUCACUGGUCACGAGUCUGACAUCAAUGCCAUCUGUUACUUCCCUAAUGGCAAUGCCUUUGCCACGGGCUCUGAUGAUGCUACCUGCAGACUGUUUGAUCUGCGUGCUGAUCAGGAAUUAAUGAUCUACUCCCACGACAACAUCAUAUGUGGCAUCACCUCAGUUGCAUUCUCAAAGAGCGGACGUCUGCUCCUGGCUGGAUACGACGACUUCAACUGUAAUGUGUGGGACACACUAAAAGCAGACCGUGCAGGUGUGUUGGCUGGACAUGACAACCGUGUUAGCUGCCUGGGAGUUACUGAUGACGGUAUGGCAGUUGCAACAGGAUCCUGGGACAGUUUUCUGAAGAUCUGGAAUUGAAGCCUGAAGGUUUUAUUUUAGUUUAGUUUUUUUUGUUUAGUUUCUUUUUCUUUUUUCUUUUUUUUUGUGUGUAAAUUUUUAAUUUUUGUUUGUGUUUGGUAAGCCCCUAGAAUCCAAACUAUAGAGGGUAAGCACACAGCGACACAGUCUGCCAGUGCCGUAUUGGCUGGAAGCGUUCCGGAGAGUUGAAUGGGACUGAUGGAAGAUGGGUAAUUCCUGCUAAACUGCAGGAUGUUCUCAUAAAAAGCUAGUGUUUCACUGGAUACCUGGGGGAGUAUGGAGUCUUGACUAACGCUUCGCUCUUUAACAACAAUUAAAUUUUUUACCUCUUAGCUGUUCAACUACCCUAUAGCUAACCAGCCAAUACAGCAAGCUGACACGAGGACAGCAUUUUAAUUGCACCCCUAAUCAGCUUAUUCAAAGCUGGCAGCACAAACCGCAUCUUUACUUUUAGGAUUCUUUUGUGUUCAAUGAAAGUUACAUCGGGCAAACUAAACAUAUCGGUUUCUUUUAAUCCUAAAGUUGUUUGUUUGUUUCCCAGAUGUUCUUUUAACUCCAAAGUUGACUGGAAGACCAUAACUUGAGAAUGUUCACAGCAUCUUCUUCAACACUGUUAAAACUGACUUGGACACCACAAAAACGAAGGGAAACCAAUGCCUUUCCUACACAAAGAAGAGCACAAUUGUUUUAUCACCUAGUUAAAAAAAGGAUCUCCUGUGGUAUCAAAUCAGAAACUUGUGCAUUCCUUCUUGGACCAUUUUAUGUUACCUUGAAAGAGAAAACAACACUAUUCAUCCCAUGCAAAUGUGUGCGUCUUGAAAGCAAAUGUUGGAGUGUAAUUGUACAAAUUAUUUAACUUUUUUGUUUUCUUUUUUUUUUUUUUUUUUUUAAGAUUUCUAUUCUGAUGGUUUGUUAUUCUUGAUGGCUUUAUUUUUGUCAUAUUCCUUCAGUGGUUUUAGAUAUGUUUGAAUUACAGCUAGUCUUUCUAUUCCAGGUGAAAAUCAUAUAAAAUGCAUAAGGAAAACAUGUAAAGCUUGGAUCAUAUUACACGGCUUUCAAAAUGUCCAUAAUGUAUUUAUAUUCUAGCUUUUUUUUGUUUGUUUCAUCACAGCUUUUUGCACAUAAGCUUUGCCUUUCAACUAUUGCUAUGUUAACUAACCAAGCACCUGAUAUAAAUUUUGAAUGCUCAUUCCAGUACAAAAAAAAAAAAAAAAAAAGAGUUGCAAGCAAAUAAUGCAGAUAAUUUAAACCUUGACCAUGCUUGGGUAGGAUCACGUGUCAAAAUCUGAGGCCUAUUUGAAAUGUUUGAAAGGAUUUUCUAUUCCAAUUCCACAUCGAAACACCUCGUCUGACUAAAUAGACACUUGCUUUUGCUUGGGACUGCAGUCGCAACUGAAUGAAAUGUACAAAUCAAUGUCUGAAAAUAAUGGUCUAUUUUAAGUUAUGACAUUUAAUUUUGUCUGCCAUGAGGUUCAUUUUGUUGUGCAUGCUGUAGACCUGCUUUCAGUGGUGCAAAUUCUUUUUUUUUUUUUUUUUUUUGUUACCUGAAGUGGAGAAUUGGUUGUGAAGAGGCCCUUUGUCCAGACUCUGCAACUAAUACUGGUAACGCUAUGCACCAGAAUGAGCAAAAAUGGCGGAAGAAACAUUGAUUGCAUACUUAGUGUAAAUUACGCUUACCAGUUCUAUUAAUGCCAUUUUUGUAAUAAUUAUGCCAAUACCUGUUUGAAUUCUGUCUUUGACAAGUACUUUUCUCUCCUUUUAAAUCCUCACUCUCAAUAGAACAAAAUGUCCUCACAUUGUCUAUACUAAAACUUUUGUACAUUUUUAUUUCUUGGUCUUAAAUCGAAAAUUUGGAAAAUCCGAAUGACAACAAUUCACUGUAUACAGAAGCACUUUUGUUAAAGUUGUGACAUGUUUUCACUUUUCUUUUUCUCUGCAAUGAUGUACAAUAAAUGUGAUGUAUUUGUGUAUGGCCACAAGUGAAAAUGCAAUUCAGCCGAGAUGGAUUUCCUUUUUCUAUUUCCAUUAAUAUUAUAGAGCUCUGCACCCUUAUGUACCUUUUCACUUUUUUUUGUAUUUCAUUUCUGUCCGUUGGUGUUCCCUGGUGAGCUGGAUGCAAGAUAGAUACUGUACUAAAUUGUACUGUUAUUGAUUGAAAAUGUAAUAAAAAGCUGUUUGAGAUCUA